UCUGUUGAAGCGAUGACGCGCAAUUUUUUUACAACACGGGAGGCUUAUAAUUGAUCACCAACACCCAACACAAAUUAAAGAUAUAGACAGAGAGAUAAAAAUAUAGACUACUUAGAGAGAGAAAAUUUUAAAAUAAUUAAAACAAACUAAAGAAUAGUCUUUUAUGGAAAUGCGUGGAGCCGUAAAGACAAUACAAGAAGCAGACGCCCGCAGCAGAAGAAAAAAGAAGAAAUUUUAUUUUGACUGAAUUAACCAUCUGCUUUUCUUCUUUCUAGAGGCAAGCAAGUUUGAAUUAAGGGUGGUUUUGUUUGUUUUCAUGUGUAUAAUCACGGAUAAUUCAUUGGUUCCCAUGAACCACCCUUGUCCCUUUACUGGCUGGUUCAGAGCUGAGAGAACAACGAAUGAUGUUAUAAUAUUCUGUUGGGCAUCUAGAUUUGGCUUUCUUUUGCAUAAUCUGAAGAAGGAUCUGUAGUUGAGAUGGCAUUGAAUUUGGUAGAUAGAUUGUAGAAGCCUCUGCCAUAGAUUUAGCUUUUAUUUUGGUGAAUGUACUCUUUAUUUCUUGGGAAUUCUAGCCAGUGAACUUAAAUUCUCAAUAGUACCGUCGAUAGCAUUGAGAAACUUGAGUUCCAUUGGUUCAUUGGAGACAUCAAAAAUGAUAUUUAUUCAGGAAGAUGCUUAAGAGUGGUUAAGUAAUAGAGCACACGAGAUUAGAUAAUAAGGAAAUAAAAGAGGAUCCUUUUGAACAUUUGAAAAGAAACAUACUCAACUUUGGAGAUGGGCUUGCCUCAGGUGUCUUCUGGAGGUAUUGCUGAGGAAAUGGCUGCAUCCGUUAGCAAUUUUGUGCAAACCCCACGAAUUGUUAACGUGGGUAGUUGUGAUUUAGUUGGGAUGCAUGGAGGAAAUGUUGGCAAUAGAAUGCAGAUAGAUUUUCCGUGCUCUUCUUUUGGAGAUUACCCCAGGAAAAUCAUUUCAGAGCUUCCCAAGGAGUCAAAUGUUUUGCAUGUGUAUAAAGAUGGUAGAUCAAAUAUACAAAGUCUGAAUAAUGGCUCUAUGGAACAGAAUGGAUGGCUCACCAAAAGUGGGCAGAAAACUCAAACGUCCCUUCCCAGGAUUGUGGGUUUUGAAUCAAAGGCAUUGCAUUCCCAUGCUGCUGCAUUUAAUAGAAACCAGUCUUCAUCUCCUGUGGUGAAUAUGAAUAGUAAUGCAGCUGAGGCCACUGGUUCACUGGCCAGGAAGCGGUUACUAUCUCCUUUGAGUGAAAUGCUUCUCCCUGAUCAAUUUGAUGGUGAUGCUCUGGAGAUUGGUGGCGGUUCUUAUCAGAAUGCUUUCCUGGACAAAAACAAUAACGAUCAUUUGCCUAUCUCACAGGAGCAUAAGAAAGCUCAUAUUGGCAACUCCAAUCAUUUCAGUUCUCCGAUCUGGUCAACUUCUAGUUUUUCAGAAUGGAAGAAUUCACCAGAUGGUAAUUGUGGAGAAAACUUCAACUUUUCCACUGAUGGCCCUUUCCUUGGGAACAAGGAGCAGCAAACUCAUAAUCAUUUAAUAACUUCAUCUGGAUGUAAUGAUUCUGGAGCGACUAAAGGGAAGUCAUCAACUGUUGCUAUAGCUAUACCUAAGAAAAAUGUGGUAUCACCUCCCCUGUCUCUGUCUCCUCUUGGUCCAAAAUUCCCUGAAAGAAUAAAAUCUCCGGGCGGAUGCAGAGAUGUAAAUAAAGAGUUAGAUGACAACUAUAUAACCUUGAAGGAUAUGGAACAGUCGCUCGAUGGAACUUUCCCUGGCAUUUUAUCUUCCAAAAAGGCUGAGGAUUUUAUGAUGCCAAGUAAAUUGUUUGAAGAUUUUAAUUAUGUGCAGAAAAAGUUAGAUCUGUUCACUCCUGAGGUUGUCACUGGCUCAGAAUGUCAUUGGGGUCAGGAUUCAGAACUUACUUCUCAAAGUGUCAAAUUGGUAAGAAGUGUCAGUGGACUGGCAGUUAGGAGGUCCUUGGUUGGUUCGUUUGAGGAGUCCUUGUUGUCUGGUCGGUUAUUAUCUGGAAAAGUUAGUCAGAGAAUUGAUGGUUUCCUGGCUGUUCUUAAUGUGACCGGAGGAAAUUUCUCACUGAAAUCACAGAAACUUCCAUUUUCUGUAAAUAGUGUUGAUGGCGAUAACUACUUGCUAUAUUAUUCAUCAAUAGAUGUUACUGGACAGUUGUUAUCAAACAAUUCUAAAAGCCCCAAAAUGAGAAGGAGCCUUAGCAUUGAUGACCCUCAAGCAGAUAGGAGUCGCUUACGUAUACCUAUGAAAGGGCGCAUACAAUUGGUUCUUAGCAAUCCGGAAAAGACACCUAUUCACACCUUCUUCUGCAACUAUGAUUUGAGUGACAUGCCAGUUGGUACAAAGACAUUCAUCCGCCAAAGAAUCACUUUAGCCUCUUCUGCACCAACUUCUAUACCUGAAAAUGGAAGACAGAGAGAUUGUGAAUUAAAAAACCAUGCCAAGCCAUCUUCUGCUCCAAACAUUAGUCAAUCUUCACCAUUUAGUGGAGUUUUUGCUUAUACGAAUGAACCUGAUAUCGUGCAUAGACAUCCGCAGGAGGGUCUAGGAGAGACUGAAAUUAAUGGUCCAGGUUAUAAUGGGAAUCUUGCCAGCCAAUCUUGUGGAUCCAAUGGUAGUGAAUAUAUGAACUCAGGUGGGAAGGACCACAGCCCUUCAAAUACAUUCCUUGGAAGUGAGGGCAAAUCUGUAAAUAGACCUUCAAAGGUCAACAGGAACAAUACUGGCACUGGUGUUCUGCGCUAUGCUCUUCACCUCAGGUUUUUAUGUCCUUGUUCUAAAAGAUCUUCAAGAUCAGUCCAGAGGUGCAAAUCUGAUACUUUAAGUGCACCAGUGAGUAACAAGAAGGAUAGUGAAGCAGAGCGACGCUUUUACUUGUAUAAUGAUAUGAAGGUUGUAUUCCCACAGCGCCAUUCAGAUUCUGAUGAGGGCAAGUUACAUGUGGAAUAUGAUUUUCCUUCGCAUCCCAAGUACUUCCCCAUCAGCAACUGAAAAUGCCCACUAUGUCUUCUUCUUAAAACCUGUUCAUACACCUCUGUAAAUACCUGUACAUGCAAUUUCCUCUCAUCUUAUUCUCUGAUUUGGAUACAAACCCAUUUUUAUUUGUACAUAAUUAGAUUAUUAAUUUAUUGAUUCA